AUGCCGCCGAAGGACGCGGUGGUGUCCGCAGCCAUGCUUCCAGGUGGUCACGAAGAUGCCGAGCUGCACCAGUUAACCCAAGAAGGAGCUCUCCCACAGGGGAGAGUGGUCUGCAGAGAGGAGAAGCCAGCACUGCCGCUCUGGAGAAAGGUUUGCUACGCUGUUGGGGGCAUUCCCUACCAGAUGACAGGCAACGUCCUUGGGUUUUUCCUCCAAAUCUUCCUCCUGGAUGUUGUGCAGCUGGAGCCAUUCCAUGCCUCUCUGAUCAUUUUCCUUGGGAAAGCCUGGGAUGCGGUUACUGACCCUGCUAUUGGCUUCCUGGUCAGCAAAAGCCCAAGGAGAAAAUAUGGCAAGCUGGUCCCAUGGAUCGCAUCCUCCAUGCCAUUCGGGGUGCUCUGCUACUGCAUGAUGUGGUCCACCCUCUCGGAUGCCACCCCUGCCUCCCUGAAAUUCCUGUGGUACCUGUUCAUGUACAGCUUCUUCCAGACUUGCAUGACUUGCCACCAUGUGCCGUACUCUUCCCUGACGAUGUUCCUGGGAGGAACCCAGAGAGACCGUGACUCAGCCACUGCCUACAGUAAGUGUCUGUGCCCCUACUGCCUGCAUUCCUGGGAGAUCCUCCCUGGAGGAGAGGCGAGAAUGGGGUUAGAGGUGUUCGGCACGCUCCUUGGAUCAGGAAUCCAGGGGCAGAUUGUGGGCAGCUACCAUGCCCACAUGAGGAACGGCUGUUACAUGUCGAACGAGACCGUGCCCAACACCAGCACCUACAGCCUCACGGACUCUCUGGAGAACACGCGUAGAGCCUAUCUAUUUGCAUCCCUGGUCCUGGGCUCCAUCUAUUGCCUGUCCUGUCUGAUUCUCAUCUUUGGAGUCAGGGAACAGCCUGGGCCCCUCAGCCCCCUGGGGAAGGUUGAGCUGCCCUUUGCCAGCUGCCUGAGGAUGAUCGUGGGACACAAGCCCUACACCCAGCUGCUGUGUGCCUUCCUCUUUGCGUCCCUGGCCUUCCAGAUCACACAGGGGAUCUUUGCCUUCUUCUGUACUCAUGCCGUGGGGCUGGCCGGGAAAUUCCAGCAUUUAGUGCUUAUCAUGUUGGUCACGGCUUCCCUCUCUAUUCCCUUUUGGCAGUGGUUUUUGGGGAGAUUUGGAAAGAAAACAGCAGCCUCAGUGGGCCUGUCGCUGAUGAUCCCAGCCCUGGUAGCUGUCACCCAGGUGAUGCACAACUUCCUGGCCUUCGUCUUCCUGGUGAUCAUGGCAGGCUGCAGCAUGGCCGUGCUCUACCUUUUACCGUGGUCCAUGCUGCCAGAUGCGGUGGAUGACUUCAUGCUGAGGAACCCCACCUGCCUCAACCUGGAGGCUCUCUUCUACUCGUUUUACGUCUUCUUCAACAAGUUUGCAGGUGGCCUUGCCGUGGGGAUAUCGACGCUGAGUUUACAUUUUGCAGGUUACCACGCUGAGGACUGCACGUACAACCCCUCCAUCACCCUCGCCCUGCAGCUUCUCAUGGCCCCGGUCCCAAUAAGCCUGCUGCUCAUUGCCAUAAUCAUCUUCUGCCUCCAUCCCAUCAAUGAGGAGAGGAGGAAGAAGAUGAGAACAGAGAUGGAGGCGAUGGG